AAAGGCAACGCAAAAGAAACAAAAACAUCCUGACAUUUGAGUUCUUUUCAGCCCACGCAGGUUUUCGACGCGCUGCUCAGCUCAGGUGGUGAAUUCAACUAGAAUUAGAUCAGUAUCCUAUCCUGAAAUCAGUGAAAUCCCAGCUUGAGCUGCACAUUUUCUGAAGCUCUUGCAACUCAGCCGGCCAGGUUGUAUUUUGAUCUUGGAAAACGCAUUUCGACCAACAAACUCGCAAUGCUAGGCCCGCCUGUUGAACCGAUGCAGGUUGACAUUCAGCCUGAAAAUAACGAAAACACUGAAGAUGAGACGGAACCAUUCAUCGUGGAAAACCCGACUCUGGAUCUUGAGUCGUACGCAGCCAAUUAUUCAGGACUUGCCAAGCUCCACAGGCUGAUUUUCAUUGCCGACCACUGUCCUUCGCUGAAAGUCGAGGCCUUGAAAAUGGCCAUCUCUCACGUGAACACAACAUACAACGUGAGCUUGUACCAAGCUUUGCAUCGAAAGCUCAUGGUUGCUCUGGGAGGAGCUGCUCGCCUCCCUGACGUAGCAGGUGGUGGUAGCAGCAAAGAUUUUCCACCCAUUGAUAAUCAAUGGAUUGAAGUUAGGUCAAAAAAAGCUGCGUUGAAGUUGGAGAAACUGGAUACUGAUCUCAAGAACUACAAGAGCAAUUCCAUUAAGGAGAGCAUCAGACGUGGACACGAUGAUCUUGGCGAUCACUACCUAGAUUGUGGAGACCUAAGCAAUGCGCUGAAGUGCUAUUCCAAGGCCCGUGAUUACUGCACAAGUGGAAAGCACGUUGUCCAAAUGUGCUUGAACGUCAUCAAGGUUAGCAUUUACCUGCAGAACUGGGCCCAUGUUGUAAGCUAUGUGAGCAAGGCAGAGACAACCCCUGACUUCUCAGAGGUAUGUUUGAUUUUUCAAAAUAUGAAUUUGGUAAAUUCGGUUUUAAAGGGCAAGGAAAGCAACCAGACUGUGCUGACAAAGUUGAGAUGUUCAUCUGGUUUAGCUGAGCUGGCAGGCAGGAAGUACAAGUCUGCAGCCAGACAUUUUCUCCAGGCCAACUUCGAUCAUUGUGAUUUUCCUGAAAUUUUGUCCCCAAGCAAUGUUGCUGUUUAUGGUGGCCUCUGCGCCCUGGCAACCUUUGACAGGCAGGAACUACAGAAGAAUGUCAUCUUCAGCAGUUCUUUUAAACUCUUUCUUGAGUUGGAGCCUCAGUUACGAGAUAUCAUUUUCAAAUUCUAUCAAUCUAAAUAUGCUUCUUGUCUCCAACUGCUGGAUGAAAUCAAGGAUAACUUGUUGCUGGACAUGUACAUUGCUCCACACGUCAAUACUCUGUACAGCCAGAUCAGGAACAGAGCUCUGAUUCAGUACUUCAGCCCCUAUAUGUCGGCCGACAUGAGAAGGAUGGCCGAGGCUUUCAACACGACUGUUCCGGCUCUGGAAGACGAGCUGAUGCAGCUGAUUCUCGAUGGUCAGAUCCAAGCUCGAAUUGACUCCCACAAUAAGGUGCUGUUCGCCAAAGAUGUGGAUCAACGUUGCACUACGUUUGAGCGGUCGUUGACUAUUGGCCAAGAGUACCAGAGGAGGACCCGGAUGCUCAUUCUGCGCUCUGUCAUGUUGCGACACAACAUUCACGUCAAGAGCCCACAGAGGGAUUUGAACCAGGGGAAUGAGAUGCUCUCCACCUCAGGAAAUAUGGUCAACAUACGGCCGCCUGUUCACCAAAACUUUUCAGAUAAGCUUUAAAGGAUUUCCCGGAAUUUUCCAUGUCAACGUGUAAUGAAGUGUAUGUCAGAAAAAUGAUAUAAUAAUAAAAGACAUCACUAGAUCUUGA